AUGAGUGAUUUGCUGAUCCAAUCCCCACCGAGCCCAAACAAGGGGGCCACCCCCUGUUUCCUUUGCUCCUCCCACCAAGUCACUGCUCUUUCCCUAAGGAACUCAGACCUUUUCGGCUUUACCAGCGCCGGAAUUCCGGGCUUUUCCACGUCCCUGCCCUUCAUUCCUAAACCGGAGACAAGGACCUGCCAGGAAGCAAAGGCGUGGACACGCUCCCCCACGAUGGACAGCUACUUCUGGAGGAUCUCUGCUGUGCUGCUCACCAUGGGUGCGGGCCUUUUACAAGAUGUUCACAAUACAACGGUGAUUCCUUCAUGUAUCCCAGGAGAAUCAAAUGAAAAUUGCACUGCUUUGGUUCAAAUAGAAAAUAAUCCUCGGGUUGCUCAAGUGGCAAUUACACAAUGCGGAGAGGACAUGCAAGGCCUCUGUUUACAUGGGCAAUGCAUCUACGUGGUGGAUAUGAGUCAACACUUCUGUAGGUGUGAAGUGGGCUACACGGGCAGCCGAUGCGAGCAUUUUUUGCUAACUGUUCAAAAACCCUUGAGCAAAGAAUACGUGGUACUGACUGUCAUCCUUGUUCUUCUGUUCCUGAUUGUCAUGGCUGGCUCUAUAUAUUAUUUCCUCAGGUGGUAUAAAAACAGAAAAAGCAAAGAAUCAAAGAAGGAAUAUGAAAGGGUGACUUCGAAUGAUGAAAGGAACUCAACAUUGCUACAAGUCUGAAAGAAGUAAAUGGCACAUGCCCUACUACCUGUCUGGUGACAACCUCUUAGUGUUAAUAGUUUUGUUUUAUUAAUAAUAUUUAUGUUCAAAACAAAAAAAGGUCAAACCAUAUAUUUUUUUCUUUUAAAAGAAGUCCAUGGAAAAGAUAUUAUUUUUAUUUUUUAUUUUAUUAUUUUUGUAUGAUGAAAUGUUUGCUAAUGUAUAAAGUGCACAUAGUAUUUUAUACAUAAAAUCAAUUUUUGUAAGAAAUUCAAACUCCUGGGCUAAUUGCUUUAUUGAAAGCAACAAAACUUGUAAGCUUGUACAGGAAUUUAAUCGAAGCCAGCUCUUGUAAUGCAUCCAGGAUACUCAAGCAAAUGUUGACAAAUAACAGCAUACAUUUCUUAGAUAAUAAUUUGUUGGAAAACAUCAUGAAAAUUGACAUCAAAGGAAUGACACUGGAAGGUGAAGAUACAAUUUGCCUUGGAGUCCUGUGACAAACAAAACAUUCAAAAAUGAAAAAAUAUGGACAAUGGCAAUGGUCUGGGCAAAAACUUGUUUUUUCUCCACUCUCCAGCAAGAACUGAAUGGUUAUUUACCACAAGUGGCUGUGUACAGUAUUCCAUUUUAGGGCUUAAUAACUGUAGAAAUUCAAAAUCAGUCCAAAAUGAUUUCCCAUCAGCAGUGAACUAGAGUUACCAUGGGAUAUUAAGUCAAUAAAUGUGUGUACAUACCUCUGGUUUUCUUGUCUACCAAGUGAAUGCUACCCGAUUGCUUUCUGCAGCAUGAUGAAAUUCUUCAAAGCUUGAUACUCCAAGAUGCUAAUGGAACUGGGAUGUCAUUGGCUUGCAAAUGUCCUCCAGAGAUGCAAACCUUACCCCAUACUGUGUGACUCUUGUCCUUUCUCCCCUAAGUCUGCCAUAAGGGCUCCACCCAAUGUGCUAGAGGCCAGAUGAGUAUUAUAAAUUAGUCCUUAAUGAUACAUAACAUUUUCCCUACUUAAAAACUUGAUGGCUACAUGGGUAACAACCAUUGGCCAGAUAAGGCAAACAUAGCCAAGCUAUCCCUUUUUCCCAGUGGUUUAUCUGCCCGAUCGACAUUGUUUGAAGCGAUUUCACAGUCUUAGAGUUUGUAAGUCAUAAGUUCUUAUGACACAUUCCUAUGAAGGCUGUUAGUCACAAAAGGCCACAUGUGAGGUAAUAGACAACAAUCUUCUUUUGUAUCUAAACUAAUAAUCUAUAGGACUCUCAAGUCAGUUCCUAGGAACAGCUUUUAGCAACUUGAUCCUUUUAACAAGCCUUGAAAUGUCAAAAAUUAUUAAAAUUGAAGGUAGGGCUAUUUGGGAUCUUGUGUCCAGUGAAUUCCCUUCUUUUCCCUUUAGAUUUUUCUUUGUCUUCUGUUCUGAGGUAUGGGACCAUAGCCAGGACCACAGUCAUUGUGGGACAACAGUCAUUGGCUCCAGGAGCUUCAGAAUUUUUAUCCUUUGGUGGCUAUAAAUUGUACCAUGGUAAAAAAAACAGACAGUUGUCCUUUGGACAUAGUGCCUAUUUCUUGUGGACUUAUGCAUCAUGACUUGGGUUUUGAAUAAGUUUCUGUUUUUUAAAAAUCUUAGAAAUUUACCCAAAAGAUAAAUUCAAUAAAGGUAGAGUAGUAAGACAUUCCAAGUGUCGUAACUGGAUCUGGUUGCACAAAUUCAAUCAAAUUGUCCUCCAAAUUCUUUAAACACUUAAUUCAUUGAACAGAUUUGAGCAUCACCUAUGCAAACAAUAAGCAUAAUUUUUUCUGUCAAGGUCAUCAUGCUUUCACCUAUAUUUAUGCCUUGGCUAUUUCUAAUCCAUUGUCUUACUGAAAUAAUUGUUCAAUAGCAAUCCAUUCAUUUCAUUUAUAGACAUGACCUAUAUUGAAUUCACUAUCCAGAAUGAAGUGAAAAAUCAACACUGAUUGAUUUUUGUUUUGGUUCUAACACCUCCCAGUCCUUCCCUACCCCACCUCCACCCCAGCUUUAAAAUCCAUCCCAACGACUAACCUCCAUAAGGAGUUGGAGCUUUCCUUGAGAAAGCACAUGAAAGAAAUAUGAACUGGAACUGGUAUUAGGACAGAAAGUAAAUCAACAUAGCUAAGGCUUUUAUUUUCAAAUAAAAGUCACUUGUCACUCAGUAGCCACACUGGGCAAUGCUGUUUCCAUGUUUCCCAUAUGGUUUCAAAGUAUCCCACAUUUAAAAUGUCCAUAAAAUACCUUCUUUGUGCCUUCAAUAGUUAUGCAGUUCACUAUGGAUGCCUUUCCUCACCUUUGCUUCCUGUAAUUAUUUUGUUUUAAAAAGCUGAGAGUCAGAGAUAAAACUUUAAAAGGGCCUAUGUCUGUCAAAGACAUGAGUAUAUGAAUGGUGACAAGUUUAAAAAGCUCGAUACUAAACCCAUAAUUUCCCAGAAAGUUGUAACAAUCUACUGUUCACUCCAACAUUAAGGUGGAAAAAUAAACAAUCCUAAAAUAACCAACACACCAAGGUCUGGAAUUGCAUUAAAAGGUCUUGCUGAAAACAUAUAACAUUUAAUUCUAAUUGCUAAUUUAAUAAAAUCUCUUCCUAUUUGCUUAAGUAGUUUCAUUCUUUGGAUGCAAGAUGAUGUUAAAGAGUGGCCUAAAGUCUCAUGUCAUCUCCCAGCAUGACACACUCACAGUGACCUUUUAUGGUCUUAAGGAUGAUAGUUAACUGAAUUUCAGCUAUUUGUUGCAUGAAACUAAAUCAUACUUUCUACAGUGGCUACAGUGCCAAUAUCUAUUUUCUCUUUAGUUCAAAGAAUGUUAUUCACUUUGGGAGGGGUAUCUAAAUUUGACCCACUUUUUCAUUAUUAUUUAAAGUCCAUUUUGCUAAUUAGUUUUAUAGUACCAAAACCUCAUUCUAAACAUUUACUGCUUUUUCCCAAUUUCAAUGAUAUUAGGGGAGAGGACAAGUCUUGGGCCAACCAUGUCUUUACAGAAUGUCUUAAUGUUUUCACCCAAAAAAAAAUCCAUGAGUAGUA